UCACAGUCCACAACUGUUGUUUUGGACGCCAUUCAAAUCCACAGCUUCUUCUGUGCCAGCUCCAGCAUAGCUGAGACCUGAGUCCCAUGUUUCAUAACUUGUUCAGAGUUCUUGUGAGGGCUAUAGUCACAACAGAGACAUGUUCUGACCACUUUGAGGGGAAAAAAAGACACAGUGCAGGGGCUGUUUUUACCUCCCAACUCGCCACCAAAUGACCUUGUUAAACAGCACUUGUUGCAUUAAAACUUGUAGAUAUUAUCACUGGUGUGACCCCACAUUGCUCACAUUUGCAGCCACCCAACGGAUGCCAUUACUGCACAGUUAUCCCCGCCCCUCCCUAGAAGAAUAUGCCUUUCUCAUGAAUUCUCAUUAGCACUGCUCUCCAGUGGUGAAUAUUCUGUAGUGCUGCCAUGUUUCUCCUCACACACAAGUUGUAUAUGUUGCCAAGUCAUGCUCUCACUGGCGAAACAUAAUUACCAAGAAUUUAGUUUAGUUAUGAGACUGUCCUUGGAAAGUAUUCUGGGUGAAACAUAAUUGGAUUUUAUCAAAUCAAACACAGGGUAAAUAUAUGAGAGACUAUUUUUCAGAACUGCAUUAGGUUAAAUGUAUGUAUAUGUGAUCAUGUGUAGCACUUAAAUAGACACUUCAUGAAUCUUUAUCCCAAAAUACACUGUGUGAAAAAUAUGGAAUGUUAUUUAAUCAAAAAUACUAAAUACAUUCUACCAUAUCUGAAGUUGUUUUUGCUCAUUGCCAUAGAUGCUAAACUUAAACAUUUACAUUAAUACAUUAGUUAUUGUCUUGUAACUUAUUACAGCAACUGUCAGUUGACCCAGUCUUAAUGUAUGUGGCAAUGUUGCAGUCUUGUUGUUGUUUUUUAAUUUAGUAAGUCGUGCCUGAUUGAUUCAUUGAUUUAUAACACAAACAGCCUGUCUCCUCCUCCUCCAUCCUCAGCACACCUCUUAUUGACCAAUCCCAACACUGCAAGACCCAUAGCUCCUCCCACUGCAGCUGAUGAUGUUACCAUGGGUUACCGUGGGUGUUGGCCAGUCAUGUCUCUUGCAUUGGCGGUGGCCGUACAGGGGAGCAGAGCUGAGCUAAAGAAGAAGCUUUUUCCUUUCUUCCUCCUGCGCAGCUGCAACACCGUUUGCAAGGCAUGUCGACCACCGGGGAAGUGCCAGCAGGUGGCUUUUUUAAGAGCAUAGGCUCUGACAGCCCCGCCAGGCCGAGGCAGCAGUUUUGUGGCAUGUUCUGCCCGGUGGAAGGUUCCUUCGACAACAAGACUUUGGACUUCGACGCGCUCUCUGCGUGCAGAGGCAAGCGAGACAGUCGCGUCAUUGACCGGCAGAGCGACAUCUCCCAGCCCAAGAAGGUGGAGAUUAGGGAGCGCACAGGGAAGGAAGCUCUGCAGAAUCUGGACGAUGCAAAGAGUGACCGACUCCUGAUCAAAGGAGCGAAGAUCGUCAACGAUGACCAGUCCUUCUGCGCCGACAUUUAUAUGGAGGAUGGAGUCAUCAAACAAAUUGGGGAAAACCUGAUCGUGCCUGGUGGGGUCAAAACCAUCGACGCCCACGGUCGCAUGUUGAUGCCAGGCGGGAUCGACGUGCACACACGCUUCCAGAUGCCUGAUCGAGGCAUGACUUCUGCUGAUGAUUUCUACCAGGGCACCAAAGCGGCACUGGCGGGAGGCACCACAAUGAUCAUUGACCAUGUGGUACCCGAGCCCGGCGUCAGUCUCAUCUUGGCCUUCGAGCAGUGGCGUGAAUGGGCCGACAGCAAGUCGUGCUGCGACUACUCGCUGCAUAUGGACAUCACUGAGUGGCACAGAGGCAUGCAGGAAGAGAUGGAGGCCCUUGUGAAGGAUCAUGGUAUCAACUCCUUCCUGGUCUACUUAGCUUAUAAGGAUCUUUUCCAGCUAACUGACACUCAGGUUUACGAAGUGUUUAGUGUGAUCCGUGAUCUUGGAGCCAUCGCUCAGGUGCAUGCCGAAAAUGGAGACAUUGUUGCUGAGGAACAGCGUAGGAUCCUGGAGCAGGGCAUCAGUGGUCCUGAGGGACACGUGUUGAGCCGUCCUGAGGAGGUGGAGGCGGAGGCCGUAAACCGCUCUGUGACUGUGGCCAAUCAGACCAACUGCCCUCUGUACAUCACCAAGGUGAUGAGCAAGAGUGCUGCAGAUGUCAUCGCUCAAGCCAGGAAGAAGGGCACUGUUGUCUACGGGGAGCCGAUCACUGCAAGCCUGGGAACAGACGGCUCACACUACUGGAGCAAGAACUGGGCCAAGGCAGCAGCUUACGUCACCUCGCCACCACUGAGCCCCGACCCCACCACACCAGACUAUCUUAACUCCCUGCUCUCUUGUGGUGACCUGCAGGUGACAGGAAGUGCACAUUGUCCCUUCAACACUGCCCAACGUGCUGUCGGCAAAGAUGACUUCAGCUUGAUUCCUGAAGGUGUUAAUGGGACGGAAGAGAGGAUGUCGAUUAUCUGGGACAAAUGUGUGGUGACUGGCAAGAUGGAUGAAAACCAGUUCGUGGCGGUGACCAGCACCAAUGCGGCCAAGAUCUUCAACCUGUAUCCCCGCAAGGGUCGUAUUUGUGUGGGUUCUGAUGCAGAUCUGGUACUCUGGGACCCUGAUGUCACUAAGAUCAUCUCUGCCAAGAGCCACAACUCGACUGUGGAGUACAACAUCUUUGAAGGAACAGAGGUACGUGGCGGGCCUCUGGUGGUGAUCAGCCAGGGCAAGAUCGUCCUAGAGGAAGGAAACCUCCACACCACCGAAGGUUCCGGACGCUACGUGGCCCGUAAACCUUUCCCUGACUACGUCUACAAGAGGAUAAAAGCUCGCAGCAGGCUGGCUGAGUUGAGGGGUGUACCCAGAGGUCUGUACGACGGUCCGGUUUGCGAGGUGUCGGUCACGCCUAAAGCCAUGACGCCCGCCUCAUCCGCCAAGACGUCACCUGCAAAGCAGCCGAACCAGCAACCGGUCAGGAAUCUGCAUCAAUCUGGCUUCAGCCUCUCUGGCGCUCAGGUUGACGACAACAUUCCUCGCCGCAACACCCAGCGCAUUGUGGCGCCCCCGGGUGGGAAGGCUAACAUCACCAGCCUGGGUUAGAGUGCUCCAUCCACUGCGCGGAGGGGAGGGUAAAGGAUCUGAGGAAGGAUGCCCGAUAAAUGCCGAGGGUUUCGUGCUGGCAACUUCUCACAACAACCGAUUGGGCGUUUCUCCAUCUGUGAUCUGUAACUUCUCCACCUCCUGUCUCCCGCCACAUUCUCACUCCCCCUCAAACCAGAUCCUAAAAGACGGUUCCAAACAAAAAAGAUCUGCCUCACAUCAAGAGAAAAAAACAAACUAUAAUUUGUGCACUUUUUAUUUUGUUUUAUACUGGUCUUUCUCCUUUUCAGCCGCCAUUGGCCGAGCUGAUUUAACAUUGUCAAGCGGAUUGGGUACUUGAGUGCAAAAGGUCAAAUGUACUGUAUUUUCUAAGUUGAGAGCAGCAUGUGCGCUUCAUCACCACGCAACAUUUAAUCGAUAAUUCACCCACAGGGCUGUCUUAAGUAAAAAAAAAAAAAAAAAAAAUAGAACAACCAAGGGUUCUUCACUUUCACGUUCAUAUGAUUUCUCACUUUGCUGACGUACAUACAGUUAGUCUAAGCUUCCUUGUCAGCUGAAAAGUCCUGAUGUCUGUUAUAAAUGUAGCGUUGUGCCUCAUCUCUGCACGUAUUUAGCCAUUACCGGGUGGCAUGACGGGUAAUUAAGGCAAAGAUGAAUGAAGUUGAUGCCUUAUUGUUGCUCCACGUCAUCCAAUUCACACAGCAGCUGUAGAAUUUCCAAACUUUUGAAGCCGUCCAUCACCAACUAGUGCAUUUUCACACAGAAUGUUUCUCAACUCAUCAAUAACUCCUUUAUUUGUUCUUACUCCUUGUGCCUAAACCCACGGAAGGUGUAUACAUAAUUGUUUUGCUAUUCUUUAAGUGAAGGAUGUAUGAUAGAAAAAAGAUGUAAAAUAGCCAGGUUAAACCGAUUCAAAGGUGCCAGAUUUUGCGCUUUCAUUUGAGCAACUUGCGCCAGUAGAGCCCCUGUAAAGAUGAAAAGCGCGCACUAUCUUGAAAUGUGUUUGUUUUUUUACUUUGUUGUUUAACUACUUUUUCGUGUCGAUUUGUAAGUAGUUGCCAAGCGGCUGAGCACGUUGUUUUGCGCUUGAAAGUGGCGGCGAGCUGAUAAUGUUCUGUACUGUAUGUGUGACUUGUGUGCAGUGUAGAUGUUGGAGGGAUGGAAUCUGGCAGAACUGAAAUAGUCCUCCUAACUUGUUAUUCCCUCUUCGUGCAUAAUCUGUUUUUCACGAUGCCGAGCAAUGGAUGCGGCUUGGUAUCUGUCCACCAUUGCUCCCCUCAUCUCCUGGCUAUUUAAAGCACUCACAGUUACACAGGAGGAUGAAAGUGUCUUCAUUCCACCUUUUCCCUCCAUGUUCUAACAUUCCUAAUCAUGGUUUUAAAAACACUCCCUGACAUAAGCUUUCUCUCACUUUUAAAAAGUCUUACAUUUUGCAGUGUACAGCAGAAGUACUUGAGGUGGGAUGGCGUUGGAGUUUCCACCUACUUGGUAGACAAUUCUUUUGUGUGUUGCCAUUGUCUAAAAUUGUGUAGGGGACGACAGUAAUAUUCGGCAUGGUCCUGAAUAUUGUGAUUUGCUCAGAGCAGGGGUGGAUCUAUUGUAGUGGGAUAGAGGGCUGUGUGCCACCCCAAAAUUGAAAAAUCCUAAACUUGUCACUUAUAACAGAAAGCUUUGACAUAGCAGUUUUUCCAAAAAUAACCAAAAUAUAUAAACAAUAUAAAAUUACUCGAUGGAUUGGUGUUAGUGUGUUUAAUGAAUUAAUGUGGAAGAAUUUCAAAGUGGGCGGCACAGUGGACGUCAGGUUAGAGCGGCUGGCUCACAGUUCUGAGGACCGGGGUUCAAUCCCUGGCUCCGCCUGUGUGGAUUUUCCAUGUUCUCCCCGUGCCUGCGUGGGUUUUCUCCGGGCGCUCCGGUUUCCUCCCACAUCCCAAAAACAUGCAUGGUAGGUUAAUUGCCAACUCUAAAUUGCCCGUAGGUGUGAAUGUGAGUGCGAAUGGUUGUUUGUUUGUAUGUGCCCUGCGAUUGGCUGGCAACCAGUUCAGGGUGUACCCCGCCUCCUGCCCGAUGAUAGCUGGGAUAGGCUCCGGCACGCCCGCGACCCUAGUGAGGAGAAGCGGCUCAGAAAAUGGAUGGAUGGAUGAAUUUCAAAGUGGCCAAAUGUUCUUCCAUUUUUCUGGACGUGGCCUUUAAAGGAAAAAGCUUGAACGCCCCUGCUCUAAAAGCUUGAUGUCCUCCACGUAUCCUUUACUGUCUCUUUUUUAAAAUUAAGUUUAUUGAUUACAUGGUCUCGCACAGAUGAUGUCAUGCAGCUCUUACAAGGCAGGUCAGGCUCUACCAUUCUGAACCACGUUCAGCUGAAAUAACCUGUGCCACUUGGUGGAAACUCCUCAAACACUCAACCAGUUUGUGACUACCUGUCAGAGACUCCCACUCUUUUCCACAACCUGUCCCGCCCUUUUGUGUCUCUGCAUGUUUUGGUUGUUUGCAGUUGUUGCCGCGCCGACAGAGCUCUUCACUGUCAUGAGUCGCUGCUUGUGGUUUGUCUGGGCCCUGCCUGUCAGAUUGGAGUUUUCCAUUAGCAGUCUGCAGACACACACACGAACAAAACAACCCUGUGUGUGUCCCAUCCCUCCUUGCACAUUCACACAUGAACCACACAGCUGUACUUUUCUAUAACGCCGAGUCAGCCCGAGUUCUAAUACUAUGCCAUUUUAUGCUAAUCCUAUAUAAGUGACGUGUAUGUUUGCAAUGUGCUGCAGACUGAGAGGAGAUUCUCUCCUGCAUCGCCCAUAUUCGGCCCCCAACCACCAACCCCUGAUAAACCUUCCCCCUUUGUGCAAGUGAAACUAUGUGAUGGUGUUUGUCCCAGUUGCCGUGGGGAUUCUGGGAUGCUUGCUCACUAUAGGAAAUACAAAGUGUCAAAUUUGAUGGCUGGUAAUGUUUUAAAAACAAGUGGGGAAUAAACAACAACAUGGACUUCAAAGAAUAAAAAAGAAGAUGAAAAAAUGCAA